AUGUCGCGCCAGACCCGGACCCCCGACAUAACGCUCUUCUUCCUGGGCGCGUCGCGUGCCAUCCGCAUCGCCUGGCUCCUGGAGGAGCUUAACCUGCCGUACCGGUUGGUGUCGUCGGCCCGGGCAGCGAACGGGCUCGCGCCCGAGGAAUUCAAAGCCCAGAUCCCAACGCGGCUGGGGAAGAGCCCGGUGAUCAGGGACGGAGAUUUGGUGGUCCAGGAGAGCGCGGCGAUUGCCGAAUAUCUCUGCGAAACAUACGACCCUCGGGGCCGCCUCCUCCCGCACGAGCGCAAAGCGCGGGCAAAAGCGAGAGAAUGGAUGGCCGCCGCCGAGGGGACCUUCAUGAUCCAUGCUCUCGCGAUCCUCUACGCACGAUGGCGCUUUCCCAAAUCCGCCAAUGCGUCCAAAUACCUCCGGGAGAUGGAGAAGGGGCUGGCUGCAAACGUGCAGAAUGAUCUCAACUGGCUCGAGGCCGAGCUGGCUGAUGGGAGAGAAUACCUCGUCAGCCGCGAUGACGAUGGCGAAGGCGAAGAUGACGGUGUCUCCGCGGCGGACAUCCUAAUGGGCUUCAGCAUCGAGUUCAUCUUCGCGCGCAGGCUGGGCACAGAUGGCGCCGACUGGCCGAACGUGCGGCGGUGGUUGCGUGGCAUCACGCAUCGAGAGGCGUAUAUAAGGGCGGUCGAGAGGACGGGGUAUUCUCUCUAG